AUGGCAAAGAACCACCGUUCUCGCAUCUUGGAGAUUGAUCUAAACCAGCCAGCGGCCUUUGAUGAAGAGGAGAAUGCCGGCGUAAACAUAGCGGUGGCGGAAGUGGUGGCUUCGGUUGUCAACUCUAGCCAAGUCAGCAUGCCAGCGGCCUUUGAUGAAGAGGAGAACGCCGGCAUAAACAUAGCGGCGACGGAGGUGGUGGCUUCGGUUGUCAACUCCGGCCAAGUCAGCAUGGUUAGAGAUGAAAUCCAUUCCAAUCAUCAACAUCAUGGUGGGAUUUCAGAAAAUCCUCCAAGGAUGAGGAGGACACCCCGAAAAGAUGUUCGGGCCGAUGAAUGUUCCAAACCCAACCACGGUGACCAGAAGGAAUCAACUUAUGGGGAGGAAAAUCCUGACAAGGAAGCUAGGCCCUCCGUAGGAAAUGGGCUGCCGCCGCUGGCUAUUGUGGAUGAAAUCACCAGAGCAGGAAUUGGAAAUGCACCAGGUAAGGUGAAAGGCUCAGAAAUGGCCGCACCACCAGUAGAGGUGUUGGCGGCGGCGGAUGAAUCAGCCGUGGUGGCGGCAGGGGGAUCGGCGCUGCCAGGUGUUGAGCUUACGAGAAGCGUGAGGCUGACAGAACUAGAGAAUGGAGAUCGAUCUCAACCACCCAUGCCACCAGUCGAUGAUGAAGAUGAGGGUUCUUCUCCUGCUGCUGCGGCGGCGGGGGCGGUGGCCACCCCCGCAGUUCUAGUCUCAGGCCACAUCGACCUGGUCUGGGAAAAUCCACCGAGGAAACGAAGGACCCCGAGAGAAGACGUUUGGGCCGUAGAAUCUUCCAAGGCCAAUCAUGGCAGCAACAGCGGCGCAGAGGGAGGAGGAGGAAAAAUGGCCCAUUCAGUUGCGCUGGAUCGGAAGGAAUCGACUGGUACGGAGGAGAAUUCUCCUAAUUCUCCUAGAGCCACUGUGUUCAGUAUCUCAAACCCAACCAUUCCAAUAUUUACCGGAGCUUCGUCCACCACGUGGGCCUAG